AUUUAUUUUAGUGCGAUUUAUCCAUUUAUUAAUCUUAUCUCAUUAGAGAAACCUUGCUUGUUAUCAACUGCUAGUCUCUGUGACAGUUAAUUCUUUCUUGUCAGGAUACAACAAGACAACGCUUGUCACUGAAGAAAUCAUUAAUAUGUUUGUCGUAUCAGUUCGUCAUCAGCAUCACCACUGACAACAGAAGUAUCCACAAAACAGCUUUAUACAAAAGAUAAAAUUGAAAAAUAGAAAAACUAAUAUUGCCUGUAGUUAUCAAACAAGUAUUUAAGGAAGAAUAUCUGCACUGAAUUUAGUCGUUAUUUAUUUUAAUAUGAUAGAAAUGAUGCUGCUCUUUCGGAUAAUUGCUUUGCUAGCACUUUCCAACCACGUCGUUCAUGUGACUCCCAAUGAUCUAAUAUUACAUUCCGAUUUGAAUAAAAAAAACUCUGUGGAAGAAAAAGAUUCUAAUGUGAAAGUCAUCUAUGAGGCAACGAGAUCUGUAUGCUAUACUAAAGGUCAAGCUGUGGAAUGCUCUCCACCGUUUACAAAUAUAGCUGAAAAUGCUGAAAUUAAAGCAACAUCAACAUGUGGCGAACAUGGUCAGCCGGAACAGGUAUGCCGAUAUUCUAUGGGGAACACAAAGUGUGAAGUGUGCAAUACAGCUGACAAGUUUGGUACUCAUUUAUUAACUGAUAGACACCAAAUGAAUAAUGAAACCUGCUGGAUUUCAGGAUCUGUCCAGCCUGGAGAUACAGUUAACUUGACUUUAUCUUUAGGGAAGCGUUUUGAAGUGUACUAUAUUUCUUUGCAACCAUGUGGUCAGUUACCGGACUCCAUUGCGUUGUAUAAGUCGUCUGAUUUUGGUGUGACUUGGAGACCAUGGCAGUAUUUUUCAACAGAUUGUUAUCGAGCCUUUCGUUUGCCUACAAGUAAUGAGCACAAUGCACAAAUAUCUCUAGCGAAUAUACAAGAAGUUUUAUGUGUAGCAUUGAAAUCUUCAGAAAUACAUGAUUCCUCGGGACAGUCAUCAAAUGUUAUCGUAUUCAGUACAACUAUUGGACGUCCAUCAGCACAACCGUGGAGUUCAGCUUUAAUCGAUUGGAUGACAAUGACCGACUUAAGAAUUAGUCUGAUGAGAUUUCCAGAUCAUAGAGACGAUAUUCAGCACGAUUCAAACGGUUUGUUCCUUAACCCUAGUAUGCUGAAGCCAUCCAAAAUGUUCCAUGUUGGUGGCGGUGUUGGUAAUGGUGGCAACUAUGGCGGCCUUAAUAUCAAUCAUAUUUUAUCUGAAACAGGCACUCUGGAUAUGUCACAACAUCCAUAUCAAUCUGAUCAACAUUACUCAAAAUUGCCCAGCGGUAAAACAGGUGUUCACUUCGCUUUUUCUGAUCUGUCAGUUGGUGGACGAUGCAAGUGUAAUGGACAUUCUAAUCGUUGUGUAAGAGAUAAAAUUACUGACACAACAUCUCCAGCAGUCAAUAAUAAAGACAAUAAUGGUCAAGUAAAAUCACACUGGGGUCCACUUAGGUGUGACUGUCAUCAUAAUACUGAAGGGACAGAUUGUGAACGUUGUUCACCUGGGUACCUUGAUAGACCAUGGGCAAGAGGUACUUCUGAGUCAGCUAAUGAGUGUAAACGAUGUGAUUGCAAUUUGCAUUCAAAUUCGUGUAUUUUUUCAAAUCAGUUAUAUUUGAUGUCGAUGAAAGUAAGCGGUGGUGUAUGUCAAGACUGCCAGCACAAUACGGUAGGGCGAAGGUGUCAUAAUUGCGCGACAGGUUAUUAUAGGGACUGGACAAAACCUGUUAGUCACGACCAAGUCUGUCUGGAAUGUCGAUGUCAUCCAAUCGGAUCAGUUCCCAAUCAACACUGUGAUCGUAAAACUGGCCAGUGUCCGUGUAAACCAGGAGUUAUUGGACAAGCUUGCAAUCGUUGUCAAGAUGGCUAUAAACAAACACGUCUUCAUGAUGCACCGUGUAUUAAAGCCACUGAACACUAUGCAUAUCGAAGGAAGGAGAGUGACCAAACUUCUCUUCCUGUUAAAUCUGAACAAAUGAAACCAGAACCAAGUUCCAAAUGUCCUCCAUGUGAGAAAAGUAAAAAGAGAAUACGGUUUAAGAAGUUUUGUCGUUGUGAAGCCGUGUUCCGUGGUAUUAUCAAAUCCCGCGAAAUUCACGGAGAUUUAAUGCGCCUUGAAGUUGGAAUUCAAAAUACUUGGCGUAUAAUUGGAGCAGCAGAGCACUUAUUACCGAAAACCGCCUCACCAAAUCUACCAGCCUAUCGUGUUUGGGUAAGGCUUAAAACUAAUCCUACAGAUAAACGUCAUACACGUUGUGCCUGUCCAAAUCUUCAAGUUGGUCAAUCAUACCUGUUCAUAACACGUUCACACCAGGUAUUGUUGAUCAGUUUGUUUCCGAAGGCUAAUGUAGUUUAUGAAGGCAGAGAUUAG